AUGGCUCCAAGCAAUGUGAGGACCGCAUGCGUUCGAUGCCGGCGACAGAAGCUCAAGUGCGACUCGCAAAAACCAUGCACUUUAUGCCGUCGCUCCGGUAUUGACUGUGUGCCCAGCCGGACCGACCUCUGGCGGCCUUAUGACGGGACAGCAACCCGCAGUGGACGCCGCAGGACGACAAGAAAGCGCAAUGAGGCAAAUCAAUCGAUGCAGCCGCCAGCCUCGUUGGAUGGCUCACCAAUGUGCCACGGCACAAGUCUCAGCGGCCCCGAAACACGGGCGGGGACGGACUGGGCCAAGUCAAGCUCAACCAUCGGACUGGCCGAGGAGACCUUUCAUCAUCACGGUGCCAGGUCGCCCGACUCAUCGGAAACCCGUGCUUUGGGAUACAGGCAUACACCUGCCAAGAACCCUGCGAUGGCACGUGGCACGAUGUCAGGGCGAGAGAGAGAGCGGAUACCUCGAGGAUCUGGCGUCGCUUCCGUCCCUCAAAGGAUGUCCACUGCGGCAGCGCGCGAGCUGAUCUCACUGCUGCCGGCAGCAGACGUUGCGACGGUCCUCGUCGAAAUCUACUUUGACAAGAUCCAUUGGUUUAUGCUCCUGUUCCACCAGAUGGAGUUCCGGGAUUCGUUCGCCAAACUCUACAGAAGCCACGCCUUGGGACUGGGUGGACUGCUUGGUGGCAAAGACAUUGGUUUCCUCAGCGUUCUACUCGCCGUCUUCUCCCUCAGUCUACGACUCGCCGCGGAUGACCAACGGAGGCAGCUUGCCGCUCGUGGUGUUGACACCAAUGCUGUGAGAGAGAGUAUCCUCACAGCCCUCAGGCUCAGGUUGCUGGACGUCAUUGCCCUUGGCUCCACAGAGGCUGUGCAGAUGUGUGUGCUUCUCGGGAGCAACUAUCUAUAUCACGGAGAGCCUGAACUUGCUUGGACGCUUUGCGGGUGCGCCCUACGGCUGGCUCAAGCGCUCCAUCUCCACCGCCAUGCAUCAGCGACUGAUGCUGCGAAACGAUGCUGGUGGGCAAUUCACGAGGUCGACACAUUUUGUUCCAUGAUCUACGGAUUCCCCCAGAGCAUGGCGGAUGCAGAUUGCGAUGUCGGUGCGCUCGACCCCAACGACCCGUAUUCCAUCGCCACUGAUCCAGAAAGGUCGAGCCUUGGUCAUACCACUCUCCUUGAUUAUAAAUGCGCCAUGAUCAAGCUCUCCAAGAUCAUCAAGUCGACACUGACUGACCUGUACGGGACGCGGUCGUCUUCCCAUGUCAGGAAUCUUGUCGUCAGCGUUGCAUCUCUGGAUGCGCGACUCACUCAGUGGCAUGCUGAGCUGCCGGGGAGGCUGACACUAGGCAGUCCAGCCCAGUCAAAUGGAGACAAGGAACUAUUAGAUCACGUUGCCCAGAACGGGAUGGAACAAGAGUCGCAUACAUUGUCCAACGAUCAGCUAUACCGACUACAGGCCCUUGCGCUGAAACUAGCGUUUGAAAACACGCGUAUCCUCAUCCAUCGGCCCCUGCUUUCGUACAGGACAAACGAUAAUGAUUCGAGGACGGCAGACGAGGCAGUGAGCCAAGAAACUCGCGACCCUUUUAGAUGUUCCGUCCAGGCAUGCUGCGAUGCAGCUGUGCAGAUAUCCUGGGCAGACCGCGCUGCCAUUUUUGGCCUCGCUUCCACGACAUAUGCCCUUGGCUUCGUCUCGAUGCAUCUGUUCACGGCCGGGGUGACCUUGUGCGUUGUAACGACGCUCGAUCCGCUGGGUCCCCAAUCACAAGGGUGCAAGCUGGGCAUCCGUCGGCUCCUGCGUAUGCUCCUGGUGCUCAGUCAGAAGACGAUUGUGGCCGAGCAGGGUCUCCAGCUGCUGCAGAAGCUUCUUCGCCUGGUCAUGGAGAAGGAGACGGAGGAAAUUCUGCGGAUAAGCCCUACAGGUAGCCCGAACAUGCCGACAUCCCCAACGGCGGCUACGGGGACGUCCAUGGAGCCUCACGAAUGUAGCGCCGACUCACUUUUUGGCAUGUAUGAGGAUCAGAGCAUGACGCAAGCUCUGCAGAACGUUGACGAUGGUAUGUUCUAG